GCAGAGCAACAAGAGCUGUCUGCAGACUUUUGCAAAGGAAAUUCAGGAUUUUACGAAUGAAAACAUUAUGGAGGGAAAGAGUUAAAGAUCUCUAUAUGUUAUGCUAAGAUGGGGAAAGUCAUCGUCCAUGGCUACGUCACAUCUUAAGCAGACAAGGAAGAUCUCUAGGUAAUACUGAGCUAGUCCUACUUUCUUGGAACAUACUUGGAAGUUUAUCACUGUGAGCUUGGCAGCAAAACAUGUUCACUUUCUUCAUAAGAAAAAUACCAAUGCCCAACUUUCUGGACUUCAAACACUACUAUUUCCUCCUCAUUUUCUUUUUCUGUGUAACAGCUUGGCCACAUGCUCAAAAAGGGGACAACUGCCCAAGCUCUGAGUGGAGUGUCAUGUGUCGUCCGUGUUGUGAGUACCACCUGAUCCAGUGUCGGUGUCCCUCACAAGGGUUGAAGGUGGGCUACACUGUUCCCUGCUGUCGAAAUGCCCUGGAUGAGUGUGACCCCUGUAUCAUUCACCCAGGUUGCAGUCUCUUUGAGAACUGUAAAACCUGCCACAAUGGAACAUGGAGAGCCAAUGAUGAUUUCUUUGUCAAGGGAAAGUAUUGUACAGACUGCCGCCAAGGCUGGAGUGGAGGAGACUGUAAAACCUGUGGAGGUGUCAUUCAGCGAGCUCAAGGUCACAUAGUCCUGGAGAGUUACCCAACAAAUGCUCGAUGUGAAUGGAGAGUGCAAGCGCAGAGGGGCAGCAGUGUUGAGCUAAGGUUUUCACAGAUCAGUCUAGAGUCUGACCAUAACUGUCGUUAUGACUACAUCGAAGUGCGUGACGGCGACGAACUGAGUUCCCCUGUGAUUGGACGGUUUUGUGGGGAUCAACCACCUCCUCCAAUAAAAAGCUCCAGGAACAUAUUACACAUCCUGUUCUCCUCAGAUGGCUACAACAACUUUGAUGGCUUUGUUCUUACUUUUCAGGAGAGUUCAGUUUCAGCCGUCAAGAAUCCAACAUGUGCACCCCCAGAGAAACCAGUGAAUGGAUAUUUGCUACCUGUAUCUGGCCUGAAGGAGGAGCUUGUAUAUAACUACCAUUGCCAUCCACCUUUCAUACUGAUCGGCUCCCAGCAGACGACCUGUAUGCCUAAUGGUACAUGGAGUGGCACACCUCCCACAUGUGUAAAAGCACAAACAAACACGGUCCGGUGUUCCCCUCCACCCAAAUUGCUCAAUGGCUACUACAGACCUGCUCCUGACACAGCUGGAGGCGCACAAACGAUUGAGUUUUCCUGUAAAAACUCUUACAUUCUGAGUGGAAACCACAAGAGUACCUGCCUCACUAAUGGAUCCUGGAGUCACAGGCCACCCAAGUGUGUGAGAGCAUGUCGAGAGCCCAAAGUGUCUGAACUUGUGCGACAAAGGGUUGUAAAGCCACACCUUAUAUCAAGAGGGAGUCCAGAUCAAAGACUUCGCCUCUCAUCCAGGUAUAACAUGCAUGACUUGUUGUCUGCUGGCUUUAUUCCACUAACUUUGGAUAGACAGUCCAAAAAAAAUGAGGCUCCCUUAGAGUUUCCUCGUGGCUUUCACCCAGUCCACACGAGCAUCGAGUACAAGUGUGCCUCACCUUUCUACCACCACUCCGGAAGUUCCCGACGCACCUGUCUGAAGACUGGCAGGUGGAGUGGGCGCCAUGUCUCCUGUUCACCAGUGUGUGGCAAAUUUGACACUUUCAGCACACACAACCUCACAGACACUCAGUGGCCAUGGCACGCAGCCAUCUAUAUCCGCUCCCCUCCUGAUCACACCACCAGCAGCCACAGGCCCCCUGUAAUGACCAUGUGGGACCAGCAGGGGCCCUCAGAAGAGUCCACAUUCUGGUACCUGGCCUGCAGCGGGGCUCUGCUCAGCCAGCGAGGCGUCCUGGUGGCGGCUCACUGUGUGGUUGAGAAGGACAAACAGCAGCCGCUUCACCCGGCCCAUGUGAAGGUUGUUGUAGGCACACAGUACCAGACAUCCAAGAAUCGGAUAAAAAGCCUGCGCUACCUCAAGGUUUCAGACAUCUUGGUGCAUCCAGAUUUUUUCUCUUCACCAGACUCUGAUGUGGCUGUGCUCAAGCUUAUGGACAAAGCCAAGAUCAGUGAGCGUGUGUUACCAGUAUGUCUACCCGAAAUACAAGGAGGAGAGGUGAUGGCUCAGGAGGCUUUUACUGUGGGGUGGAUGUCCCCAAAUGAUCACAAGAGUUCAAGCCACUACACUCCCUUAAGCCAGACGAAACUUGUUGAGUUGGGUGAUAUUGCUCAAUGUGAAAGGGCAUUUGCUAAAGGAGGAGCACAUUCCACAGUGCUCAGUCACAAUACAUUGUGUGUCAUUAGCAAACCAUCCAGUCCUCAAAGCCCUUGUCCCAGAGUUAUCCCAGGCAUCGCAAUCACACCGCCUGUGUUUUCAUCCACAAGUGGCAACUUGUCCAGUCACGAGGAGACUCAGGGAGCCUCUAGUGCAAGCUGGCAGUUGCUUGGUUUAGAGAGUUUCAUCUAUGAGGAAACAAACUGCCACCAACAGACUUACACAGUUCAGACAAAAAUAGCCAACUUUCGAGACUGGAUAAAGGAAAAUAUGAAGUAGAUAUUUUUCAAAAACUUUAAUUUAAAGCUGAUUUUCAAGAAUUUACCUUUUACAUCUCCAUUUUGUUCCAAAUUUGUUAUGCUCAGAGAUGAUAAAAAUGGUGGAGAGGUUCUUGACAGUGAUAAUACUGUGAUAAUUGAGUACCUGCUAUCUACAGUAUGUCAAUAUCAUGUGAGGUGAGAACUCCAAUUGUCUGUCUUAUGUAUGGAUGUUACUGCUCUGUAUUUGCACCUGUUAAGCCAAAUGAACUUCAAACAAUUCAUUAUGAGCUGGUCGAGAUACACACCCUCAUGAUCUCUAAAUGUUAUAUACUUUGG